CGACGUUUGUUUGACAACAUGACACCGGAGUAGAGACAAGACAAUUCCUAAAUUCCCAUUCUAGUUUUAUUUCUCAAAAAGUGUUUUGAAACCAGAAAACUGUUGUAUGAAGUUUUCUUUGUUUAUUAUAAUUGAAAAUUUAUCUGUUUUUAUCAUAUCUUCUACUAAUCAGGAAUGAUUCGUGGAAAUUUCUGAGGGUUUGUGAUAUUUCAUUUCAAGAUUUGUCUCAGACAGUGCCUUAACUAUUGUUUUCAGGUUUCUUUUGAAAGUUCAUUUGUAAAUCAACAAUGACAUCUGGUAACAAUAUUGAAACAGAAUAUUUAGAGUUAAAUUCUAAAAAUAAGUGGCAAGUGCUCUUUCAGAAAAUUGGUUCACAUAAUUUUGAAGAUAAUAAAUGUUCAGAAGCAAUCAAGCCACAAAACAAAAUAUUGAAUAGAUAUAGAGAUGUAAGCCCAUAUGACCAUAGCCGAAUUACAUUGAAGAGAGGAUCAACAGAUUAUAUAAAUGCCAAUUUAAUAAAGGUGGAAAGAGCAAAUAGGCAGUACAUAUUAACUCAAGGACCCCUAGCCAACACUUAUAGUCAUUUUUGGUUGAUGGUUUGGGAGCAAGGGACUAAAGCUAUAGUGAUGUUGAAUAAACUGGUGGAAAAGAAACAAGACAAAUGCUUUCAAUAUUGGCCGCCUAAAAUCGGUUCAGAUUACAAAAUGCAACUGGAAGAUGUAGGUUUAACUGUUGAAUACACAGAACAACAAGAUCAUUCAUACUAUUUGACAAGGGUAUUCCGGUUGACUGAUACAGAAACCGGUGAUUCUCGUGAUAUAUUGCAAUACCAUUACAUAACGUGGCCGGAUUUUGGGGUACCUACGUCGCCGACCGUUUUCUUAGAGUUCUUACGUAAAGUGAGAAACGCUGGAGUAUUGGAAUCGACCGUUGGUCCUGCAAUUGUUCACUGUUCUGCAGGAAUUGGGAGAUCUGGAACGUUUUGCCUUGUGGAUUCCUGCCUGAUACUUAUUGAGAAGUAUGGAAUAAAUUCUGUGGAUGUCAAAGAAAUUUUGCUUGAGAUGAGAAAAUACCGGAUGGGUUUGAUCCAAACGCCAGAACAACUGAAAUUUUCCUACCAAGCUAUUAUUGAUGGUACUAAAUUAUUACUUGAUCAAAACAGCACUUCAGAAGAGGAGAAUAAUGUACAUAUUAGUAAUAAUAUUUCCUCUAAUGUUUCGGAAGAAUCUUCUGAAUCAGAAGAAGAUGAACCUCCUCCGUUACCUCCUCCCAGGACGGAUAGCCUUCACAAUCAUAACGGAGCUCCUGUUGAUAGACCUUUGCCUAAAAUUCCAAAAAGUGUAUCAGACAACGAUUUAAGUUAUGAAAAUAACAAACAGACAUACAUUCCUUCUGGACCAUUACCAGUAGUACCAUCUCAUGAGGAUGAGUACAGUGAAGAAGAUGAGUUGGAAGAGGAAGAAGAUGAAGAAGAGGAGGUACUCGGAUCUGAUAGUCCAGUAUCGGACCAAUCGGAGUUGACAAAUUCAAAACACAGUACUUCAUACGAAGUGAGACAACGAAACAGGGCACAAAGAAAGGAAACGAUGGAGUCCCAAGUGAGGGACAUGAAGCGGCGGCAACAAGUCAACGAGCAAUGGACGCAACUGAAGAGGUCUUUAUAUUUACCUUUAAUCGUAGGAGGCUCUCUUCUAUUAGGCGGAGGUCUCAUUGCUUACGUUUAUUAUAAAGGUUGAAGAAUAUGAGAUCAAUUUUUUUUUGUUUAAUAUUCACAAGCAGGUUUAGGUUCUUGAAUGGAGAUUGGAGGUAUUAUGGAAUUCAUCGUUUUUCCAUAAAAUCAUUAAAAUCUAUGAAAUUAAUAUGUAUAUUGAUUCUUAAAUUGAAUGACUUUUGAAUUAUGGCAUAG